ACUGCCAAUCGGUUUGAGGCCAGUCUGUUCGGUUUUUUGUCUCGAUGCUAUUCGGCAAAAGUGCUGCAACGGAAGCGUCUUUUGGAGUGUUCACAACACGCUAAUCUCUCUUUUUUUGCCAAAUCCUCCUUUCGUGCAUUCCCAUCGCAAUCUUUCCGUGAAUUUCACUCUCCUCACAGUCCGGUGCCUUCAAAGGGGCCUCAACAGAAGUUGCAUUGCAAAUUCAGCUCCAGUGCAAGUCGCUAUUUCUCUAUCAUCUAAAGAGUAG